GUCAGAUGACAACAAGUGACAAACAAAUGUUACUUCCUCUAUUAGAUUAGACACUGACACUAGGUUCUCAUAAAGGUAGUGAAAAAGUAGUGAGUGAGUGACUGAAGGCAGUGCCGAGAGAGAGAGAGAGAGAGAUAACUAUUCUGCUUCUGACACACAGCUAAAUAAUGACCAUAAAUAUCCAGGGUCAAACCGCAGCCUGCUCAACAAUGGGCCUUUUUUUACUAGGUAGAUGUGAUGGUUAUUGCAAAACAAUAGACAAAAGAGAAUCGAUAAAGUGAGUCAGUGAAGAACACAGAAUGGACGAACUCUUAGAAGAUCUGGUGACAUGCUGUUCCCCCAAGGGGAAAGAAAAAGAACAAGAAGGGAAAAAAAGCUGAAGUAGUUGGAGAUCAGGUCGAUUUUUUAAACAGUAAAGUGGAUGAGGAGCUGGCCAUUUAUUAUUUUCUCAUAGCCCGCGUUUUUUCAAGCGUGUUUGCAGAGCGGGACUGAGAGGAAACAGUUUAGCUCAGACACAGAUAAGAAGAAGUGAGACUAACUGCUCACGGACAGUUCUGUGUUGGCAACAGUGAGGAAGCAAGUUUCCCACGAGACCUGCCUCCUGGACCAAGUGCUGGAGUUGAUUAUGAACGAGAAACCCCCAGCAAGUACCAGUCUUUUCCUGAACGAGGACGUGGACAAACCACCUUCGCCCGAGAAAGGAGACUUGAGGAGGCGGCUGCAUCGAGUGAUGGAGAAGAAAGCCAGCAGCAUGAAGGACAGGAUGAGUUCCAUGAGCAGGAGCAGAGUCAAAGGUUUUCUCAAGAGGAAUCUGUUUGUUCUCUUCACUGUGGCUGCAGUGGCUCUGGGUGUGAUCCUGGGCUUCGCUGUCCGUCCUCAUCGCCUGACUCUGAGGGAGAUCAAAUACUUCUCUUUUCCUGGCGAACUCCUGAUGAGGAUGCUACAGAUGCUUGUGCUGCCGCUCAUCAUUUCCAGUCUGGUGACAGGUAUUUCUUCUUUGGAUAGCAGAGCCUCAGGUAAAAUGGGCGUCCGUGCGGUGGUUUACUAUAUGGUGACCACCCUGAUCGCUGUGUUCAUUGGAAUUGUGAUUGUGAUAAUCAUUCAGCCGGGAAAAGGCAACAGAGAUAGUCCCGUAAACAACAAUCAAAACCUGGAAACUGUACAGGCUGCUGACGCUUUUCUGGAUCUCAUCAGAAACAUGUUUCCUCCUAAUUUGGUGGAGGCGUCCUUCAAGCAGUAUAAAACGUUUUACAAGAAGAUCGUUCAUACCAGGAACAUAACAGUGACUGUGAACAUCACCGACCACGUCAAUGUGACAGACUCUCACCUGGGAGAGAACCUCAGCAGAGUUCUGCGUCAUGUACAGGAGACAGUGGAGGAAACAGUUCCUGUGGCCGGGUCAUCGAAUGGAGUGAAUGCUCUGGGUCUUGUUGUCUUCUCCAUGUGUUUUGGCUUGGUGAUUGGUAACAUGAAGCAACAGGGCCAGGCUCUCAGGGACUUCUUUGACUGCCUGAAUGAAGCCAUCAUGAGGCUGGUGGCCAUCAUAAUCUGGUACGCUCCAGUGGGCAUCAUGUUCCUGAUUGCAGGAAAGAUAGUGGAGAUGGAGAACCUGGCGAAGAUGGGCGGUCAGCUGGGGAUGUACACCAUUUCAGUUAUUGUUGGUCUCCUCAUCCACGGAAUGUUUGUCCUGCCCCUGCUCUACUUCGUGGUGACCAGAAAGAAUCCCUUUCUGUUCAUCGGUGGUCUACUGCAGGCACUGGUUACCGCUCUGGGAACGUCCUCAAGUUCUGCUACUCUGCCCAUCACAUUUCGCUGCUUAGAGGAAAACAACCAUGUGGACAAAAGAGUGACUCGCUUCGUCCUCCCUGUAGGAGCCACAAUUAACAUGGAUGGCACCGCUCUUUACGAAGCCGUAGCGGCCAUCUUCAUCGCUCAAGUCAACAACAUGGACCUGCACUUUGGCCAGAUUCUUACUGUUAGUAUCACAGCAACGGCUGCCAGCAUCGGAGCAGCAGGUAUCCCUCAGGCUGGCUUGGUUACCAUGGUGAUCGUAUUGACAUCUGUGGGACUGCCCACAGAGGACAUCGCACUGAUCAUCGCUGUUGAUUGGUUCUUGUGA